AUGAAGCACUACAGCAUCCCACCCUUGGCCACUGAUCCUAAACACGUAAUUCUACACUGUGGCACGAAUGACUUACAAAACAAGAGCCCACAAGAAUUAACUAAAGAAACAGGAGAGCUAUGUGAUUUUAUUUUGGCAAAUUGUCCUAAUACUGAUAUCACUGUGUCGUCGAUACUCACGAGAAAAGAUAAUCAAGGUAACAAAAUCGCUGAGGUAAAUGAUCAACUUCGAUUGUUAUGCAUGCUUAGAGAAGAAUUUGAAAUUUUUAUUACACGCAAACAUAGAUAAUAAAUGUUUAAAUCGUUCAGGGCUUCACUUAAACAAACUUGGUGAGUUUAUCUUUUCCAAGAAUAUUAUUGGAGCAAUAAAGUGCUUUUAUCCUUAAGUCUGACUGUCUUCCAAACUGCAGCACAUCGGAAAGUGAUUUGACCCCUGUAAACACACCUGAAUAUUACUGUUGCGAUACCAAUAAUUAACUUGAUUUUGAAUGAUGCCUCCUUAAGCAAAAACGAAUUUGAGACUUCAAAAGGCAUUCGAAUAGCACAUUUAAAUAUCACCUCCCUCCCUAAAUACAUUGAUCAAUUAAAAACGUAUCUCAUUAAUAAACCAGUAAAUAUAUUUACCAUCAAUGAGACAAGAUUAGAUGAGUCUAUCAGUGAUGAAGAGGUUAAUGUCGAAGGAUAUAACCUCCAUGCAUAGAAAAGAUAGAUGUAGAUCGGGAGGUGGUGUGGCUAUUUACACUAGGGAUGUCUUGAACGCGAGAGAGAUGUCUCAAUUUGUCCCUAAAGAUAUUGAAGCGGUUUGUCUGGAGAUAGUUAAACAUAAAACUAAACCAAUCUUAGUUACAUGUAUUUAACGCCCUCCUAAUUCCAAAGCCGGCUUUAUGGAUGCUUUAAUUAGAAAACCAUUUCCAUUUACUUGACGAACAAGAUAAAGAACUAAUCAUUACAGGAGACUUAAACUGUGACCUCUCUCUCUCUCUCAGUCUUGCAAUCCCAUUCUCGUAGACUUAUGGACAUCCUUGAGUUAUUUCAAAUGAAACAACUGAUUAUAGAUCCCACGCGCACAACAGGCAACACUGACAGAAUCGUUAAUUGACAUAAUCGCAACUAACCGCCCUGAUAAAGCAAAAGAAAGCGGCGUGAUUGAAAUAGGUAUUAGCGAUCACAGUCUUGUGUGUUCAUGUCUGAAAAUAUCAGUACCUCGAGAAAAACCGAAGAUCGUUGAAAGCAGAAAUCCAAAAAAAUUAAUGUUAACUGCUUCAAUAGCCAUCCUUCUCAGUUACUGAGGUACUCGGCUUGGAAUCAGAAAGAUCCAGACCUGUUAUGGGAUCAGUUCAAAAACAUAUUCAAUAGUAUAUCAGAUAUUUAACCUCCAGUUAAAACUCGAAAGGUAAGAAGUACUUAUGCUCCAUGGUUAACAACUGAUAUUAGAUGUGAGAUGAACACGCGGGAUUAUCUGAAAAAGAAAGCAGUUAAAAACAACUCUAAAAGCCUUCAUCAGGCAUAUAAAGUAAAACGAAAUGAAGUGAACAAAUUAAUUAAAUCUGCAAAAGUCCAGUUCUGUAAGGAUAAUAUUCAACUAAAUAAAGACAAUCCUAAAGAGAUGUGGGAAAAUAUUAACCAGGUCAUCAACGGAAAAGGUCGGUGUUCUAAAACCACCACCAUGAUUACCACAAUUAAAGAUGAUCUGGGUGAUAUUAUCCAAGAUGAAAAAUUAAUAGCUGACCAACUCAACAAUUGGACCAAAAUUGUCAAGUCAAUUGCCUAA